UGUGAUGCUUUUCCAUUCUGCAAAAGUGGGCCACGAGAUGUUUUUUGUUGCAGUUGCUUGAAAGAGAAGAUCGUGUACUUUGAAGAAGUAACAUUUCUCGUGCCAUUUGCCAUGGCGGUCUCGCAGGCCCUCAUUCUCUUGUCUGUAUUAGCAUGCUCUGCAUAUGCUGUGGAUUAUGCAGGGUCAGAUGUUAUUGAUCUGACGCCAACCAAUUUCCAAAGUCGUGUAAUUGAUUCUGAAUACGUGUGGAUCAUCGAGUUUUACGCUCCAUGGUGCGGCCAUUGCAAGUCAUUGGCUCCGGAAUGGAAGAAAGCAGCUACUGCUUUGAAAGGAAUCGUCAAAGUGGGUGCCGUCAAUGCCGAUAGCCACCAGAGCCUUGGCGGUCAGUACGGCGUCCGGGGAUUUCCCACAAUCAAGAUUUUCGGAGCCAACAAGAAUUCUCCAACUGAUUACCAGGGUGCACGCUCUGCCAGUGGCAUUGUACAGGGUGGUCUCGAUGCUGCCCGUCAAGUUGCUAAUGCACGUCUUUCUGGCGGCGGUGGCAGUAGCAGCAGCAGCGGUGGUAGCGGCAGUCGUGGAAGCGGAAGCGGCAGCGGUGGCAACGAUGUCGUUGAGCUCACCGAGUCCAACUUCAAUGAGCUGGUAAUGCAGAGUUCUGAGCCAUGGCUUGUGGAGUUCUUUGCUCCAUGGUGUGGACAUUGCAAGAGCCUUGAGCCGCAGUGGAAGCGCGCCGCCACUGAUUUGAAGGGCAAGGUCAAGCUUGGUGCCGUGGAUGCCACCGUUCACCAGUCACUGUCGAGCCGCUAUGGAGUGCAAGGAUUCCCUACAAUCAAGUUUUUCCCAGCUGGUGACAAAUCCAGCCCCGAAGACUAUCAGGGUGGACGUACCGCAUCCGACAUUGUUUCUUUCGGUGAGAGCAAGGCUCUCGAGAGUGUGGAGCCACCCAAGGUCGAGCAGCUGGUUGGACAGGAAUCCUUCGAGGCUUGCACUGAGAAGCAGCUGUGCACUGUUGCUUUCUUGCCACACAUUCUGGACAGUGGUGCAGAAGGCCGCAACAACUAUAUCACCCUCCUGCAGUCUAUGGCUGACAAGUACAAGGCUCGGCCCUUCGGCUGGUUGUGGUCCGAAGGUGCUGUGCAGACAAAGCUGGAGGAGGCCGUCGAUGUUGGUGGCUUUGGCUACCCAGCUCUCGUUACCAUCAGCGCAAAGAAGCUGAAGUAUGCACCUCUCCGUGGUGCAUUCAGCAAGACUGGCAUCAAUGAAUUUUUGCAAGCUGUCACCAUUGGCCGUGGUAGCACACAAGCUAUCCGUGGCUCAGAGCUGCCUAAGAUCUACAAGUCAGAGCCCUGGGAUGGCAAGGAUGGAGAGAUUCCAGCAGAAGAUGACAUUGAUCUUAGUGACGUUUCUCUUGAUGACGAGCCGUCCAAGGAUGAGCUGUAAACUUAAAGCCCAGGUGCAUCUGUGGUUCUGGUAUAUACAAGACUCUUUUUUUCCUUUUACUUUUCCGUUUUUUUUUAAGUUCGCGCUUGCGCCGUGAUUCCUGUAGCUGAUCUGCUGUGCUAGGUGUGCGUUGGCUCUCUGUGUUGCCAUAGAUUUAUAUUCACCCUUGCCCGAAGGCAAUGUAUAAAGUCAUUGAGUACAACGUUUAAUUUUAUUGUAUCAUCUGGGGCUGUGCCCCUGUGGUAUGUCUACCA